CCUAAUGGUCAGGGGUCCCUUUACCUUGACCUAUGUUUUUGCAAAUGCUGGAAGCUGUGCAGAGUGGGUACAAUUAUUAUUGUUGUUGUUAUUAUUGUUAUUACUACUACUACUACUAUUAUUAGAUCAAUAAAGCAACCUAUUCUUUGCAGGGGGCUCGAGGGGGUGGGUGGGAGAAGAAAAACAGCCACGCAAUUUCGAUUUCCCUUUUUCCUUUCAGGGAGGCGCGCGGACCGAUCCGAGGCGUCGGAGAAAGUGCUGAGUCACCGCCCCCGGCGCGCCGGCGGUCUCCUGCUGCGCUCGCUUCCCUCCUCCUAGCCACACACACGGGCGCGCGCCUCGACUCGCCUCCCUCCCUGCGCCCGCCCGCCCGCCGGGGACAGAGGGCGCGCGCGCACAUUGCACACACGCAAACGCCCAGGCGCGCGCGCGCACCGAGAGCAGCCUCCUUCCCCUUCCCCCUGAUCACGUGCCCCACUGCUGCCGGGACGGUCACCAGCACCACCCCCUCCCUGCAUCUACACACACACAGACACACAAGCACACACACAGCCGCGCAGCUGGCCUCUCUCGCUCCGUCCGCAGCCGGCACAGGCGCUUCCCCUCCAGGAGCCUCGCGGGGAAAGAGGCGCGGCGGGGAGGAAGAGAGAAGUAGCAGCCGCCGAUCUCCUGUUUCGCCACCGGCGGGGGAUCCUUCUCCUUCCUGCCGCCGCCGCCGCCUGGAGGUAGCUUUUCUCCUUGGCGCUGCCCCGGCCGGCUCUCCCCUCUCCCUUUCCCCGCCGCGCGCCCUUGCGCCGCUCCCCCCCCCCCCGGGGAGGCGCCAUGGGGCUCCUGUCGCAGGGCUCCCCUCUGAGCUGGGAGAAGACGCAGCGCCACGCGGAGCACGUGCGCAAACACGGCAUCCUGCAGUUCCUGCACAUCUACCGGGCGGUGGGCGAGAGGCACAAGGACGUGCUCAAGUGGGGCGACGAGGUGAGUGGGGGCCGGGGAGAGGGAGCUGGAGGCCGGAUCCAAGAAGCUGCUUUCCUUCCUCUCCUCUCCUUCCUUCUUUCUUUUUUUCUUUUCUUCCGUCCACCCGCCAUGGCGCGCUUUUGCUGCUGCUGCUGCUGCUGCUUCAACUUCAACACAACAGCCUUGGCAGGUAGGCCGCUGGCCGCCCUGCCCUCGCCCAGCACCCUGCACGGUGCACAUGUUGCAUGGGGAGCGAGGUUCCUGGACGUCGACGGGGUUUGCUCCUGAAGAGGAAUGUUUGGGGUUGUUUUGGUUGUUGCCCUUGGAUCAGUUCAGGACAUGGAAAAGCACAACAUACCGGUACAUAAUACAAUGGUACCUCGGGUUAAGUACUUAAUUCGUUCCGGAGGUCCGUACUUAACCUGAAGCACCACUUUAGCUAAUGGGGCCUCCCGCUGCCGCCGCGCAUCCCGAAGCAAAGUUCUUAACCCGAGGUACUAUUUCUGGGUUAGCGGAGUCUGUAACCUGAAGCGUAUGUAACCCGAGGUACCACUGUAAAAAGAAAAGCAAACCAAUAAGACACACACACAUAUGUGGGUUCCCUUGCACCCCCAAUUCUGCUCGUUCACACUCAACCGAGACCAUUUUUAGCUGUGUGAAACCUGUGUCAGCUUGGAAAGCCACAAGCGCUUCCAAUUUAAAGCUUGUGUCUCUCUGUCGGUUUCAGAAGUGGUUUAAAAGGCUUGUAUAGCAUCCCUUAUGAAAAUGCCCUUUAGCUUCCCUCAUGCAUGUAACAGAUUGUGCCUGGGUCUUCCCACAUUGUGACUAUUCAGUAGGCAUGGUGCUUGUUUACUAAUUAAUGGGUUUGUAUAUGUUAGUCCUAUCAGAAGGGCCAAUAGGUGGUUGUAAGUGUGAAUCUGUUCAUUUACACCAAUGCCACCUUGCUCUCCUGUUAUCCCGAGUUAAAAUGAUUGAAGCAGUGUGUGCCUAUAUUUGCUACAGCAGUUAAUACCACCAGUGUUAUGAAUGAGGUGAGGUGGGGAAAGAGAUAAAGACAGGUUUCCCUACACUUUUCACUAUCUUGGGUCAUGUUUCUAUUAUCAAAACGCAAACAAAAACGGUUUUGGGUGGCAGUAGAAAGAGUUUUCAAUAUUAUGAUUUCCAGAAUUUUGUUCAUUAACCUUUUCUAGAAAUUGAGGUGAGUGUAACCGAUAUACCUCUUCCAAAGUGUAUGAUGUCAAAGCUGAAGCUUUCUGUGCUCUUGUGUUUUGGCACUCUUCAAGUAAUGCUAGAAGUUCAGGCAGCAGAAACGAAAGUUAUGUCUGGAGGAGUUGCACAGCAUUCCUAGUUUAUUCUUUGGAUCUGCCUUAAGAUAGUUCUACUGUACAUUGAAGCACCACCGUAUACAUACGUAAUGUUCAGAAUGUAGAUGAAUGUCAUAUGUAAACCAAACCUUUAUAAACACUGGGCUGGACUGGGCAUGGAUUUCACUUCAAUCUUUGGGAUGCUUCAAUGUGGUCGCCCCAUAUACAGCUUCUUAGUUGCUGGCCCAGAGGAUGCUGGACUAUAUCAGCAGCAGCAGCAGUUCUUGAAAAUUGUCCUUAAAACAAUGUUGAAUGAUGGCACGUAAAUUGUGUAAGAGAAAUAAAUACAAUGAUAGCAUGACCUAAUAAUGAGUGGCAGGUUUUGUAUAUUAUAAAUCCUUAAAUAGCCUUGAAGUGAAAGUGAAGGGUGGAAAAGCGUUAUACUUGAGAUACAGACGUGUGAAAUGCAUAGCUUGCAAAGGUUACCAUAGGCCAGGGUGAUUUAGCAGACAACUGAGCAAGGAUUUGCAUUUGGGGGAGAACCUCGAGGUGCACAAAAGUGUGCUUCAUUGAGCCCAGCACAUUUCUAAUAUGAAUUUGUCAUGUGCUCUUAGACGCAGCGAACUUGAGUCUUUGGUCUCCCAACUCGGUUGCAAAAUAAUUUGCAAGAAUUUGAACACCAAAGACACAAGUUGAUUGUGCCUAAGAGGUGUCUCUCCCCCCCCCCCCCAAAGAAUAAUGUUCAUUGUGCUUCUUUUCUACUGCAUCUGGUAGGUUGGGCUGGUUGAGAACAUUAUGGCACUUUUCAUCCUCAGAGGCUCCAACCUGUGUUUUUUUUCCAUUUGCAAGCCAACGUGAGUAUUUGUAUCUGAGGAUGGUAGAAGAAAAUGUGCAAUGUGGGACAAGUUUUAAUCUUUGCAGCUUACUUCGUAUUGGGCACUUUGGCUGAUGGAUGUUGUUUAUGAAAGGCAUUACCCUGCAGUUCUUCUAAGCGUGCUAAAGAUUUUAAAUUAAUGGGAGGAAUUGCCAUGCAACUUUAUAACAGACAUGCCUGUGAUAAUUGCUCCACACAUUGUGGAUUUCAUAAAGCAUCUCCAGACUUGUGCUGCCUAGGGCCAUGGUAUCUUAUAAAAAUUGAAGAUGAUUGCCCGUGGAAAGCUGCUAUGUUGAAAAACAUUCAAGACUCUUUUGUUAAUUGUUUUUUAUAUAUUGAAAAAAAUCACACUAAUGUAACAUGUUCCUAAGUGGAGGAUGAGAUAUUUACAAGUAAUUUAACUCACCAGAAGAGAAGAUGGAGCUAAUAUUUAGGAGCUACUUUUGGCCCCUCCCAUGUUCACUUGAUGCUUGUGUAAAAGACUUUUAUAAGAAUAUCCUGGGUUUGCUUCAUUCUUAGAGGCUUAACCUUCAUGAAGAUUAGGAACAUCUUAUACUGAGUGAGACCAUUGGUUCAUCCAGCCCAGUAUUACAUUUGACAGCAGCUCUCAAGGUUUUUAGACUGAAGGGUUUUCCCCCCAGUCCUACCUGAAGAUGCAGAGAUUCAGCCUAUUAAAUGCAAAGCAUUUGCUGUAUACUAAUGAGCCGAAUCCCUAUUAAAAGUUGAAAAGUUACAUAGCAUAUCAUAUCGUUAUCUACACUGCAUACAAUGUAUGUAUAUUUUAUGUACACUCUUAACUUGUCUCAUCAGGGGAAAGACAGCUGUUCAAUACUAUCAAAGUAAAAGUUUAAUCUUGUCCUAUAGCUGCUGGUUUUAUGGUAUUAAAAUUAACCAGAAGAAACAGAUCUUUGUUUGGUUAAAUCUGUGAAUCUGCUUGACAACAAACCAUAUUUGUUACUCUUGUUUUCUCUUUCUCUUGUUUUUUUCUUGUAGACUGUAUUUUGUUAACAUUUACAAUAUUAGAACAGUAUCGUUUAAUUUAGCAUAGGGUGUCUUUGUCUGUUGUGCACUACAUAUUAAUGCUGUGUCCAGCACACACUAAAUUGUGUGUUAAAAGUUGACUCAUAGAAUUGUGGAGUUGGAAGGGUCCACUAGCGCCAUCAAGUUCAAUCCCUUGCAGAGUUCUGCACUAGGCUCUGUUCUUUCCAGUCUUACACAAUUUUUUACUCAGAAGUAAGGUCCCUUAUUUUAAAAAUAACAAGUACCCUAAGGCCAACUUUAAUUUGUAGAACCGUAAGUCUGAAAAAGAAACAAACACACAUCUCUGACAUAGCUGAGCAUGUCAAAUCCUACUGACUUCAGUAAGAGUUUUUGCCUCUGGGCUAAUUUGGUUCUGGAGCGGCACUUCAAAUGAGUCACAGCCUUUUUAAAUUAAUUUAAAGGUUCUUACACUUUCUUCUGAUCCUGGAAAAAAGGCAACUAACUUGAAGCUUUAUGCUAUAUACAUUUAUUUAAAGAAGUGUUUGCUUUUAAACAUGAUGCAUGGUGUUUUGUAACCUGCCUGUCACCAAGUGGUCCCAAAUUAGGAGUACAUACAUCAUGAAAAUAAUACUAAAAUGCAGUACACAUAUACAAAUCUUUAAACUAAUAAUUAGAAAAAUGUGCAUCCCUGUUUUAUGGAAGCAGGUGAAUAAAUAAUUUCAAAUUAAGUGACUUAUAACAGUAAACUUCCCCUGACAGUAUUAAAAUACAAGUUUUAUGAAAAGGGUUAAGGACAGCAAUUAAUGUUCUGUUCUCCAAGUAAAGAUAUGCGGACAACAUCUUUCCGUAAUGUUGUCUAUGCCUUACAUUUUCCUUUUCCAAAUUUAGAAACAUUUUCUUACGUCAAGCUUAGAAAAGAAAGUAUAAUUUUACAAAUGCUGAUUUGAUUAUUUUUUUUACAUACUUAAAUUUUCUAUUGCUUUUGAAUAACAACUAAUUAUAUUCCUCUGCUCCCUUGGUCUGAAUGCAAACAUUUACUUCUCCUGUACCGCUUUUACUUUCGUCGGAGGUGUUUGUUUACUGAAAGAAAGGACCUCAGUAGACAACUGAAAGAAGAGGAUAAUGAGACAUUUGUUCUUCUGCCUUGGAGAAGUUAUUUCAUAUUAUUCUACCUUGGUGCAAAGAAAGGGGUUUCGGCUCCUCCUCAUGACACCCUGCCUGGGAGCAUCCUUCCAGUCUGCAAACUGAGGCUGUGUGGAGGUUCCCAUUUACUCUGCAUCCAGUGAUCUCCUGCCACGAAUUUGUGAAGCCAUGUAGGCACGAUAUUAGUCACAAUUCAGAUUUAUCCCGUAGUUUCUUGAGUAAUCCUGCAUUUGGAUUCAUUUCCCCCAAAACCAGUUUUGAUCUGAUUUCAAAACAUAAGCCAUAUGCGGACAUCUCCUCUCUUGCCCACUGGUGUAGACAGGCAGCAGGAGAUGUGGAACACACAUGAAACCGUUCUGGUGUGUACAGCGAUGUGCAGAUAUGAUAUGAAACAGCAGUAAACAACCUUUGCUGUUCUAAUACAGUAAUGUGCACACAGCCUUCGGUUGUGUGGUAAACAUACUUCAUUGCCCACUCCUUUGGCCAAGGGAAGGGAGAAACAUGACUGUAUUUCUCCACAAAGAAGCUUUUGUUCUUGUCAUGGUUAUUUGCCAGCCUAUGGAAGAGCCCUAAUGAGUCCCCGUUAAAUAGGAGUUGUGCGGCAUGGGUGUUUGGUGGGAUUGAGCCCAAGAGACACAAAUCUGCAGGCUUUGGUGUUCAUGCAUAUCUGUGUGUGUUUAGGUGCUUCCUCUGAGCAAGGGGGAAAUGCUCUCAACAGGCGGUGAGAAGCCCAUGAUGUACUUUCUCUUCACAGAAGAGAGCAGGAAACCUCUCUGUGUUUCUCCCUUUUGAUCACACCCAAACUGUAUUACGAACAGACCUCCUAAAACUUCAGAAAAGAUUGUCGUACUUUUCAGUGUAUAAGAUGCCCCCAUGUAUAAGACAUUUUUGGGAUUCCAAAUAGAGAAAAUGAGGGGAGAUUGCCCAGAGUUGUUGACCUUUUUUUUUGGGGGGGGGGUUGCCGAAAAUCGCUCACCCGCAGGAACGCAACAGCCAAUCGCACACACAUCAGCGAAGACACCAAUCGUCUGCACGCUCGCCAAGCACAAGCACCAAUCGCCCACCUAAUCGCCGCAGCAGCCAAUAGCCAGUAGAUCUUUCGGCACCCACCAAUCGUCUGCAAAUACGCCACGGACAAUAUCCUUCUCGCAGCAGCCACCAAUUGCCCAUCCCACCUCUCCACUAUCCGUGUAUAAAACAACCCCAAGUUUUUAGCACAAUAUUUUAAGAAAAUAACCUAGUCUUAUACAUGGAUUUAUUUUUUUUUACAUUUGAAAAAUAGCAGCACAUGUCAUUUGGCUCCUAAGUUUUAUACAGUCAUACCUCGGGUUACAGACGCUUCAGGUUGUGUUUUUUCAGGUUACGGACCCGUGAAAACCCAGAAGUAUUGGAACAGGUUACUUCCGGGUUUUGGCAGUCGCGCAUGCGCAGAAGCUCUUAAUCGCGCAUGCACAGAAGCACCGAAUCGCAACCCACACGUGUGCAGACGCGCCGCUGCGGGUUGCGAAAGUGCAUCCCGCAUGGAUCAUGUUCACAAUCCGAGAGUCCACUGUAUCUCGGUUUCUAACCCUGAUCACAGUGUGCUAUGGAAAUCCUGGUGGACUAUUACAUUCCCUGUUGCUUCUUUCAAAACUCAUUGUGACAAAGCUUACAUAAUGCAAGAACUUCCAAAGCAUCAUUCUGUUCUCAGUUGGUAUCCUACAGCAUUCACACAUUUGAAGCUCAAUCUUAUGACUCUCGACUCAGAAACAAGUAGCACUGAAAUCUGCAAAGUCUCUAGGAUCACAGCCUUAGACCAAGGAUUUAAUAACCUGAUUGUGUACAGGAUUUUGCAGCCUUUGCUUUCUGUUAGUUAGUUGGUUGGAGUAACAAGCUUUAGGUGCCGGGAUUUAUUUUAUACCUUCAAUUGUGUGUCUAAUAUUGUUCUGGACGGAACAAAUACAUAUAUGCAGAUGACUGGAAAAAUAAUGUUAAUGCAUGCAACCAAUUUCCACACGUCUCUAAUAUUAUUCCCCUACCCACCCACUCCCCCCAAAAUAAAAGUCACUAAGUUUGUUCCCUAAACACAGCUUUGGCAGAAUCUGAGAAUUUGCUGGUAGCCUUACCAGCAGACUCAACAAACACAAAAAUAUAGCCAAACAGUAUUUAGGAGUUCAGUCUCUUACUACCACAGUUGCCAUGCAUAGAGCUUAGAGGUGGAGAUGAAGAUGCAGGAAGUUUGGAAAGCUUAGUGUACAGUUAGUUAUCAAGGAUUCCUAUUUUGGAAAGGUCUAUUGUGUUUUCAGUUGGACAAAGCAGUACUUCGUACUGAAUUUGCCACAGGGAUGCCACUGAUACCACUAGCAGGUAUUUUCCCAUCCCUGCUGUGACACAUAGAAACAGACUGGACAAUCAAGUGCCAUGGCUUGGUGAGUUUCUAUGCCUGUGAUCUGUCACUGAAACUUACUGUAGGAUUACAUCUACUCACUGUGGCUGGGAAGAGGCAAAUGUACUCUGUACUGGUGCAGUCAUUCUUUAACAGAUGCCUCUAUCACAGCUUGCUUGGGUCACAUAAUGCCUGAGAUUCCUCGCUUGUCAGAAUUUUUCUAAAAUGCAGAUUCCUUGAAUUAGACGUUUCAGGUUAUUUCCCCAGUAUUUCUCCUUUCUGCAUUGUGUAUAUUUGUGUCUGCAAUCAGUAGCUCAUUGAUAGUGACUAAAUCCCAUUUGGCUGAGAAUAUGUUUCAAAUUAAAACCUCAGUUUAGGACUUCAAUGUUAGUAAAUUGAAUCACAUAUUUGUAAAUUGAAUCACAUGUUUGAAAAGUGAAGUAGGAAGAGGCCUCCCCCCCUCGUGAAUUCACAAGGGAAAACAAAUUGAAGCAUAAUAGAAUUCUACAAAAGCACACAUAAACAGUCCAGUUAAGAAUCCCUUUUGUGUAUUAUGGGUUCAACCAUAAUAAACAUCACUUUUAAAAAAAUUGUCUGUUUUUAUAGUAUUGCCCUGCUUUGCAGUACACUGUUCAAAGAAAAGCACACUUUGUUCUCUAUAAUCUAUCACAUUUUUUCCCUUUAGUUGUGUACAAAAUACUGUAAUCUCUAGGUUUAGUUCUCUAUAGUAAAUCUAAACCCCGCUUCCUGGUUUGUGGUAUGUGUUGCACAUCCUUUAGUUAUGUUAGACCACAUGACACAGAUUAGGGCACAUUGCUCUGGUACAAAUACAGGGGAAAUGGCUAAGAGAAAUACCUAUGGCACAUACAGAAUCGCUUGUACAGUGGUACCUUGGGUUUCAGACGCUUCAGGUUACAAACUCCGCUAACCAGGAAUUAUUUGCUCCAGGUUGAGAACUUUGCCCCAGGACAAGAACGGAAAUCGUGCACCGGUGGCAUGGUGGCAGCAGGAGGCCCCGUUAGCAAAAGCACGCCUCAGGUUAAGAACGGUUUCAGGUUAAGAACGGACCUCUGGAAUGAAUUAAGUUCUUAACCCGAGGUACCACUGUACUCCCAUGCAAUAGAUAGAUUCAUGUACAGUGGUACCUCGCAAGACGAAUGCCUCGCAAGAAGAAAAACUCGCAAGACGAAAGAGUUUUUCGUUUUUUGAGUUGCUUCGCAAGACGAAUUUCCCUAUGGGCUUGCUUCGCAAGACGAAAAACGAAAAAAAUGAAAACGUCUUGCAAGUUUGUUUCCUUUUUCUUAAAACCGUUAAUACCCAGGGUGACUUCGAGGAGCAACUCAUAGCACGCGUGUGGUAGCCUUUUGAGGUUUUUGAAGACUUUGGUGAUUUUGAAGACUUUGGGAAACCGUGCUUCGCAAGACGAAAAAACUCGCAAGACGAAAAAACUCGCAGAACGAAUUAAUUUCGUCUUGCGAGGCACCAAUGUAUGCAUAUUUACAGUUGUGUGUCUCACACCAGUAAAAGCACAUCAGGGAUUGAAAUGAGUCUUUUCCCUUAGCCGCGUGAUUAUGUAACAGGCUAAUGCAUCUAUGAGGAAGCAACUCUUAGGCUUUUUCUGGUGUGUUUUUGAAAGAAACAAUAAUCUGAAAGGAAUAGCAUUAGUGCCAAAUUGAAUUUUCACAAAUAAGGAAGACAGCAGAUUAGUUCCCCAUGGAGGGAAAUUCUCAUGGGUGGAUCCCCCCCCCCAUUGAAAACAUCUUGAGGAUCCUGAAAAACUACAGUGACAUCUGCUGAGUAUUGUCGCUUGUGGCUUUAGGGAUUUGCAGGUUUGUAAUCUUAUUUGUGAUAAUGAAAGUUCAAUAAAACACCUGAGAUUCCUACCUACAGAGCAUUGCCUUGAACCCGUCAAUGUGUUUACAAAUGAUGGCUAGCCUGCCGUAUUCAUCUAGUGUGCUAAAUGUUGUGUGUUCGUGUUUUUUCACAUCAGGUGGAAUACAUGUUGGUAGUAUUCGACCAUAAAAACAAGAGAGCGCAGUUGUCCCUAACUGGAGGAGACGUUCUUCAUGCUUUGCAAGAAAAAGGAGAAAGAGUAAACCCAAAGUAAGUAGCAACUGUCCUUAGAAUUGGUCCACUUAUUUCCUGAAGUUCAGGUGAUUUUCUAAGUCAGUAUCCAAGAGGUGAGCAGAACGUGGUUUGUAUGUUAUUUGCCACGUGGCAACUAGCGUUUAUCAAAGUGGUCAGCUUUGAUACAGGUUGUCAUUUUGCAUGCCAGAAUACUGUUAAUGCUGAUGUCUCUGAGCAGUCUUUCUCAGUUCGGAUGAUUGGGACUCCCAAUAGGCUGGUUUCACCGCCUGUCAGCCAGGAAGACAGGGGACCUGUGACACACAGCAAUGUGGCCCUCCAAAUGUUUGUCACAUGCUUCUGGGUCUGGGUAAAGGUAAAGGGACCCCUGACCAUUAGGUCCAGUUGUGACCAACUCUGGGGUUGCGGUGCUCAUCUCGCUUUAUUGGCUGAGGGAGCCGGCGUACAGCUUCCGGGUCAUAUGGCCAGCAUGACUAAGCCGCUUCUGGCGAACCAAAGCAGCGCACGGAAAUGCUGUUUACCUUCCCGCCGGAGCGGUACCUAUUUAUCUACUUGCACUUUGACGUGCUUUUGAACUGCUAGGUUGGCAGGAGCAGGGACCAAGCAACAGGAGCUCACUCUGUCAUGGGGAUUCGAACCGCCGACCUUCUGAUCGGCAUGUCCUAGGCUCUGUGGUUUAACCCACAGCGCCACCCGCGUCCCUCCCUGGGUCUGGGUAGCAGGAGUUAAACCCAGAAUAUUAGAGACAUCUCAGCCCAUGUAGAAAGAACCUUCACGGCAGCAUUCAAAAUUCGCCAGGCACAUUUUGCACCUGGCUAUCGGCCACUUGCGACCCGGACGUGGCACCUGGCGUCUUCACCAUCUCGAGGUGCAUGCCUGGGGAUCCUUGUAUCUUCACUGUUUUCACACACUAACAACACAUCCUGUAGAAUCCUAUCCAUGAUAUUUUAUCUGCACAGUCUGAAUGGAUUUCAGGAACCAAAAAGUUGUAUUGAAAAAUACGACUUUCAAGCCAUCUGGCCCCAAAUGGCAACUAGGCAUUCCGUUUUGGCAGCCAUUUGGUGCCCAGCUUAGAUAUCUGCUUCAUGGUAGGUGGCCAACAUUCUCUUUCUCAUAAAGAUGAUGGUCUUAUAAACCUAAAGUAGACUUAGUCCACUCUGGGCAAACUGAUCCAGCUGAGCAGGUUCAUAAGUCUAUGGCAGAAAACACAUGAUUCCAAGCUAAGCAUUCAUUCUUAUAUUCAUCCUUUAUACCUGACUUCAUUUAGCAAUGUUUUCUUUCGAAAUGUUUAAAGAAUUUUUUGUUUUGUUAACUUUGCUUGUGUUAAAUAUGUGUUCUGUAGUUGAUCUCCUUUGUAAUGUUUUACUUUGAAAUCUUUUAAGAUAAUAUUUAAGUUGCCUGUUAAUUUAUGUUGGCUUUGACUGUAUGCUUUAUAUUUGACUUUCUUCAGUAAAGUUUUAUUUUGGAUUGUUUUAUUUGAUGAUUCAAAUGUGCUGUAAAUGGCUUUGAGUUAUUUUAAAAAUAUAAAGCGGUAAAGAGAUGAUGUUGAUGAUGAUAGACUUACAGCAGUGGUGUCCAAACUUGGCCCUCCAGCUGUUUUUGGACUACAACUCCCAUCAUCACUAGCUAACAGGACCAGUGGUCAUGGAUGAUGGGAAUUGUAGUCCCAAAACAGCUGAAGGGCCACGUUUGGCCACCACUGACUUACAGUCACAGUUGUAUGCUGCCCUUGCCGUUGGUCAAAAAGAUUUCAAAUGCACCAUUGCUUCCUUCACAGCCAUCCAACUCUGUGGAGGCCAGAAUAUGGAAGCUAUAUGAUUGAGGGGACCCCUGGGCAACCCUAUGGAGGGACAAUGUCUGAAUUUAACACUGUGCAAGACAACAUGAGAAAGCGACGCCUGGAGGCUGCUUCUGUACUGAAACAAAACGAAGCUGUUUGCACUGUGACAUCAUUUCCAAGGUUUGUCUCCAUCCUUCUAAUAUGGGCUGAAACAGCGUUAAUCAUGCUGCCCACCAGGGCUGAGUGUGCCCUGAGAAGCCCAGGAAUAGCAGGCAUUCCUCCUGCUUUUUCUGUCCUCCUCCAGGGUUUCUUGCAAGCUGGAAAGCCAUUGCCUCUUCCUCCCAACUCUUUGCACAGAAGGUGGGUGUCUUACAGCUGGUGACUUAUCUAACAGGGCUUUCGUCAAGCCCUCUAUCUGCUUCCUAAUCUGGAGAUUAGUGUAUUUAUACAGAGUACCCGUAACUAUUUCCACUUCUGUCCAUGUGAGAAAGUUGUGCCCAACCCCGAAGUAUUUUGUCUUUACGUUACUUUCCUUUUUGUUUUGUUCUGACGUGUUUGUAGUAAUUUCCAGCUUUUAUAUGUUUUUGACUAUUUUUAAAAGCCUUUCACGGUUUGCUUUGAAAUGUGUAGACUGGGCUGUCCAGGAUUUACGAUACCAGAGUGUGUGCCUACCCCUGUUGAGACAGGAGCCUCCAAGUCUCUCUUCUUCCCGGACGAAGCCAUUAACAAACACCCCAGGUUUAGGUGAGUAUAUUUCAGAAUGAAGAGAGUUGUCCUUUCUCUCUGGAUGUGCAAAUCGUAGAAUAGUAUUUCCCUUUUGGGUGGAAAGCAAAACUUUACCGGAGGAUGUAGUGCUUUUGAAAACAAGCUGCGUACUUCUUUUUCCUGUGUGCCCCCUAAAACUGUUCUGGAGCAGAUUUGAGGGUGGCAGUGCAGGGAAAGGUGCGUGCGAGGCAGCAGCAUGAGCAGCCAGACGUCCUUCCCAAAUGGAAUUGCUUUUUUCUGAAUACCACCUGAAUAAAGUGUACACUCAUUGAUACUUAUAAACUCCUUCAGGUUUAAAUUUCUUUGCUCAGUAGUAUAUGUAGAAUAUGUAUAUGUUGACUGUGGCCAGCUUCUGGUACAGUUUUAUUGACAUCUGAUGAACUUUCCUUACAUUAGGAGCAGGUAGUUGAGACUUGCACACCCCUUUCUCCUCAAAGGAAUUUCUCUAUUUAUAAACUGGUUGAGGCUGUGCAGAGGUGUGUGUGUGUGUGCGUGUGCGUGUGUGAAGACCCUGACGGCUUGCUGCCUCCUGGCAACUGCUGCAGCAGCAGAACAUUAGAUUAUCGUUGAAGAUAAAUAAAUUCUGCUCCCCUGGCUUUCUCUUACAGCUUUCUGUCAUAGUUGUAGCAGUAUAACAAUGACUACUUGCUACUUUGCCAAACCUUUAUAUUAGGCAUUACAAAUAUAGGCCGUCAUAAAACAUCCCUAUCUAAAAUUUUAAAAUAUAUACAAAUAAACAGCCAUGUAAAAAUAUGUCAUAAUGAGGAUUUUCAUGGGAGUUUCUUCCCGCUAAAUAGUGCCAUUCACUACUCUGAGAGAUACUGUUGAUAAAAAUUUGCAGUUACUUCCAGGUUAAUGUCAGACAGAUAGAAUCUGAUAUUUUCAUUGUGCCAUGAUGUUAGACUACCCAAAAAAGGGGGAAAGCACGUGUUUGUGUAGUUGGUUGUACCAUGGACAGUAGAAAAGAAUAUGUUCUGCUGUGUCCGGCACAUUCAGAAAAACAGCCACAAUGUCUAUCGUUUCUGGGGAUGUUUAAAUAUCUGCCCUUGACAAAAGUUGAGGGGAAAGUGUUCAGUCGGGCUAAUUUUGAAAUGUAAGUGACCCUGUUAUCUGUUGUAUUUAAACCAUAAAACUUGGGGGAGCAAGUUGUAUUUACAGCUAACUCAAUAUUUUGUUUUUCAAUGUCCCUUAAUCUGAUUUUAAUAUUACGAUAAUUGUAUUGCUCACUUGAAUUAUACAAGAGUUCCAAGUCAAUACCAAUAGAUCUGAUUUUUCUAUGUAAGAGUUGGAACCAUCUGGAUUUAUAAGAGUCCUUAAAUAAGUCAGAAAUCAGACUCGAAGGCUGGAAAUUGAAAUCGCAACGCAACCAGUAUUUUAUAGUGCUAGCCCACACCCAAUAUUCCAUCGUGUGUAUAUCUAGUUCUGCACACAUCGUCUCAUACUUGAUUGAACUUGGGAGCCCCAGGAUAUGUCUCAAGAAACUUGAGCGUUUCUUAUCUAAAUCACUAUUAUAUGCUUGUACAGUGGUACCUCAGGUUAAGUACUUAAUUCGUUCUGGAGGUCCGUACUUAACCUGAAACUGUUAUUAACCUGAAGCACCACUUUAGCUAAUGGGGCCUCCUGCUGCUGCCGUGCUGCCAGAGCAUGAUUUCUGUUCUCAUCCUGAAGCAAAGUACUUAACCCUAGGUAAUAUUUCUGGGUUAGCAGAGUCUGUAACCUGAAGCGUAUGUAACCUGAGGUACCACUGUAUCUGUAUUGGGAUCCCAAAAAGUUGCUGGGACACCACUUUAGCUUGAAAAAUUUGAAUAACGGUUGGUAUAAAUUUGUUACCUUUCUGAAAAUAAAAGCAAGCUAUAUAUAGUAGCAGAAUAUAACAUUUCUGCUUCAGAGGAUUCUUCAUCCAGGGAGUCCUCUGAAGCAGCAGUGCUGUUCUGAUACAAACCUAGCUGAGUAGGAAGAUGGUCCGCAAAGGAAAAUCCAGAAAAAAGUUAAAAUUAAAAGUUUACACCUAAGUUUUAAAAAUAAAAUAAUAUUUUGCUAAUCGCUAAAAAGGGUGCGGCUGUUGUUUGUUGAGAUGGCAUUUCAGCAGGUUCCUUUUCCGUUUUAGUACUUUAACAAGAAACAUUCGACACAGAAGAGGAGAAAAAGUAGUGAUAAACGUACCAAGUAAGUGAGCAAAUAAUUUGCUUUUCAAAAAGGGAAGUAGGACCAUUAGCAACGGGUUUAACUUUUUGUCACCCUGUCUAAUGCAGUAUUUAAAGACAAGAAUACUCCGUCGCCGUUCAUAGAAACAUUCCCUAAUGAUGAUGGUGAAGGGGCAAGAGCAGUCAAGCCUGACCAUGUCUACAUGGAUGCCAUGGGGUUUGGAAUGGGCAACUGCUGCCUUCAGGUAAACUCGCGGAAACAAAUGCUUUAGCAAAUAUAUAUAUUUUUGCUAGUGCUUUUAAGCAAUAUUAACUUCCAUAUUAAAUCCUGCAGCUCCUGCUUACAUAAAGUGAUUGUAUAGCCUACUGGCUAGCCAUCCCUAGGAGGAAAGUGAGCAAGCAACUGCUUGGGAGACCAUACUGGGAUUUCCCAUUACAAUUGCAUCUUCAUAUCUGCAUGAAGGGGUUGGUUGCAGUUGGUUAAAAUAGUGCAAGUGACCAUAGGCUUUUGCAGCUUUGGUGUCAGGGGGAAGUUGGUUCUACAGCUUGCUAAAGUGACUGUGCAUAUUUUAUUUCUUUUGGUUUAAGAGCGGUUGGCUUGAUAUCAUCCUACAGGUAACAUUCCAGGCUUGCAGCAUCUCUGAAGCAAGAUACCUUUAUGAUCAGCUAGCGACCAUCUGUCCCAUCGUGGUGAGUGAGUGGUAGAAUUUAUUCCGCCAAACAUUAUAUAAUUCAUAAAGAAAAUCAACAUAAAGAAGGUCAAGUGUGUGUGUGUGUGUGUGCGCGUGCGCGUGCGCACGCGCAGGUCAAGUGAAAUUGUGUAUAACAAACCCAUUGAAAAAUCCUGCAAAUGUCCCGCUCUGCCCUUUUAGUGACGUUUCAGUGAUAUCUUUGUGGGGUCACUUCAGGGUUCAGCGCGAUGCACAUAUGCACGGCCACACACAUAUUGAACGUGUGUAAAUGUGUGUGUGUGUGCCCACAUUCUAUUGAGUACAACAACCUUUGGGUUUCAGGUUAUAUUGGCCUUAACGCUCAUAUCUCUUAAUUAGAUUUUUGUCAUAAGUAAGGAUAACUUUUGUUUUCAAACAAGAUAUUACAAAAAGUUAAUGGCUUCCACCUAGCGUGUAAGUGGUGUCACUGCUGCGCUUACCAAAGAAGUUCAGGUAAAAUAAGAGUUUGAAAAAUCCUAUUUUACUUUCACAGCAUUUGUGAAACAGGCACUUAAAGUUGAACUCUUUGGUGCCUCCUCACUGUGGAAACAAAAAGAUAUAAGGAAAGUGGCGCUGUUUUAGGAAGUGGUAAGGGAAGACUGGUGGUGAAUGGCAGUAGUCAAUAACAAAAUUAUGUAUGAAUUAUUAUUUUAGUAGAUCAUGCUUUAUCUUGUGUUCUGUGUUAAUUAUUAUAACGCAUUUCGUAUAUUGUAUAAAUUUUAUUUUUAAGGGAAAAAAUCAGCAAGAGAGGCAGGGCAACAGAAUAUUUGUUGCAAAGGCCCAUGUACCCCAUAAGAUCCAACCCUAACCUUAUGGUGUUCAAAUGCACAGGGCUCUGCACAGGUUUUCUGAAUACUACCAACUUGGGGGCACUUUGCAAGAACUGAUGGAGGAUGAGAACACAGGGGUUCAGAGAAGUGGUCCAAUCACCCUAGAAUGAGAUUUGCAGAGCAAUUUGUGCGCGAUGUGUUACGUUAUGCCAAUAAAAUGCUCUCUUUGGAACUGGGUAUGCUUGCACAACUUGCUUGCCUGGGGAUAAAAAAAGCCCUGUCCUGCUAGGUGAAGUCUUUUUGCCAACUGAUGGGCAACACCGAACGAAACCCAGUUGUCAUUUUUUAAAAAAUAGAAUGAGGUAUAUCUCAUAGGACUCCCUCUGUAUAUGCUUCUUCCUGGAACAUAAAUAUGCAGCUGUAGUACACUGAAUGAGAUAGUGCAUGCUAGAUUAGGAAGAGGGAGACUAUAUUAGAGAAUGCUAACCGAAGCUCCACAUUAUAUGUGUUUUAUUAGCCAAAAAUGUGCUGCUAUUCAGUAAGAUACAGCUCUUGUAAGAGUUCUCUGGUUAAAGGCAAGUUGUGGGGGGGACGUGCCUUGUGUUUCGGAACGAAACAUCUUUAGCUUUAAAUGGCGAUACAUUAGCAGUUUUCUGUACUUCCUGACGCUUUUCUUUUAGAUGGCAUUAAGUGCAGCAGCUCCCUUCUACAGAGGCUACGUGACAGAUAUCGAUUGCCGUUGGGGAGUGAUAUCUGCCUCCGUAGACGACAGAACGAGGGAGGAGAGGGGAUUGGAGGUAAGUGCACACAAGGACCUGAGCGAUAAUAAUAACAGCCUGUGUAGCAAAUGCUUCUGCAGUAUGUAUUAAGAGUUUGCGUUGCCUUGGGACAAAGGCCAGGGCAAAACGUGAGAAGUUUUUUUGGCUUGCUGGAGAUCUCUGUAAAGGAGCAUGAGUCAAAGCAGGGACCUCUGAAGUGUUUUGUGGUGCCUUAGCUGUCCAGGCACUUUAAAAAAAGGGCUACAGGCACUUAGGAAAAUGACCAUAAUCCACUCUGGUUUGGGCUGUACAGUAGUACCUCGAGUUACAGACACUUCAGGUUACAGACUCCGCUAACCCAGAAAUACAGACUCCGCUAACCCAGAAAUAGUACCUCGGGUUCAGGAUGAGAACAGAAAUCGCGCAGUGGCGGCAGUGGGAGGCCUCAUUAGCUAAAGUGGUGCUUCAGGUUAAGAACAGUUUCAGGUUAAGAACGGACCUCCAGAACGAAUUAAGUUCUUAACCCGAGGUACCUGUGUGUGUGUGUGUGUGUGUGUGUGUGUAUCAUCCCUUUUAGCAAAAAAACCAAAGCAAAAAACACUCUAAUGCCAUUUUUUAGCUUUCUGUUAGUGAAGGGGAAGGAAUGAAGAAGACUUGGACCCCUUGAACUGGGUCUUCCAAGUCAAUUUGGGCUGCUUUAUGAAGCACCAAAUUGGGAUUCAACCCAAAUGGCAUGCUCAGUGCGCACUCCUAGUAUAUAGCCUUAGUUACAAAAUGGUUGUUUUUAAAAAUUUUAAAAAUCAAGUUUUAAAUUGAAUACAGAUUUGGCUAGUUAACAAAGGUUUCACGUGGGGUUUUUUGGGGGUUUUUUUUUUUUUAAAAAGCUCUUUUGGCACAGGAAUGGGGAGCUUGUGGACCUGCACACCUUGUUGGACUACAACUCCCAUCAUCCCUGACCUGUUAUGAUGCUGGCUGACGACUGCUCCCAACAGUUUUCCAUAGAUACUAAAUAGGGUUUGUAACAAAGUAGUGCAGCCAUUUUCUACGCUCUGAAACCACCCCCUUGGAACCAAACCACGGUUCAGGAUAAUGCUGUUGUUGAUGGUUCAAGAGCCAAUGAGAGAUCAAGCAGAAUUAACAGGGUUGCGCUCCUGUUGUCUUGAUAAAAGUCAUCCAUUGACAAAGGUCCAGAUCACAAGCAGUAACCAAGGUUUGUUCUUGGCUUAUGGCUUGUGGGUUGCUUGGUAGAAACACCAUGAGCAUUGGUUCAGACAACAAAACAUGCCAGACUGGAGGCUGUUUCCUCUUUGUGGCGCAGCAGUGAGUGGGGGAAGAGGGGGAAUUUUUAAAUAGCAUACACCAACUCAGUGCUUGUUCACGUGAAAUCAUGGUUUGUUGUUUAGUGUGGCGUGAACUAGGCCUGCUUUUGGUAUCUAUUGCCAGGUAACAUUUAUAAUUACUAGAUAUGGUUACUAUCACUAGAUUCCCCCCCCUUCUUCUUAAAUUACACAGCCGUUGAAGAACAACCGCUACAGAAUCAAUAAAUCCAGAUACGAUUCCAUAGACAGUUAUCUCUCUGAAUGUGGUGAAAAAUACAAUGACAUUGAUUUGACGGUAGAUAAAGAAAUCUACGAGCAGUUAGUAAAGGAAGGUAAGUUUAUUUGAAACUGCGUGACAGUGACGUUUAUGUUGAUUUCUGUCUUAACAAUACGUAAUCUGUAAGAAGGGCUUCUUGUGAUGAAUUUUGCAGUAGCUGUGCUUGAAAUACCAUGGCGCGUAAAGUAGGAUAUUUAUUAAGGAAUUUUCUGAAGAGCACACCUCAUCUAGAAAACAGAUUUUGUUCUUAAGUAGUAGGAAAUAAUGGAUUAGCAACAAAUAGCAACACUACAAGCCACAAACCAUAAUUCCCUUUAUAUUCGCAAAAGCUCAUAGGUUUAUGGUGAUUAUCAUCAUCAAUCUUUGUUACGGUCCAGAGACCCAACAAUUAUGGUGAUUAUUCCACUUCUCAAAUAAUUCUUAGUGAAGCAACUGCAGGCAAAUAUGAAUUCACCUAGUUAUCAUAUUUGACAGGCCAGUUUUCUUCUUAAUAUUGAAAAGUGUCCCAAUUUCUUGAUUUUUAUAGGCAUUGACCAUCUGUUGGCCCAACACAUUGCUCAUUUAUUUAUCCGUGAUCCUUUGACUCUGUUCGAAGAGAAAAUACAUCUGGAUGAUGCAAAUGAAUCUGACCACUUUGAGGUUGUAUCUUAUACUAGUGUCCUAAUAGUAAAAGCUGUAUUUUUUCUGCUUAGUGUACUAUGGACUGCUGUAGAGCAUGCAACAUGCAACUACAUUCAGAUAAGCCAAGUGAUUUGCAGUAGUUUGUGGUCCAUGGGCAUUUCUUAAAUUACAAGUGUAUCCAUGUUGGAGACAUAGAAUAGACUUCGUUGCCCAUUGUCUAAAUUUAAAUAAUCAGAUAUCAGCAGAAGUGCAGAGUGAACCAAAAAUAUCUAAACGUACGGGUAAGCAUUCAGAGCAAAUGUCAGUAUUGACUUGAAAAGACUCCUAUAACUCAUCUGGCACAGUGCAAAAAGCAAGUGAAAGGACAGACAAAGUGUGCUCUCACUGGAACCAGCAUCCUGUCUGAAGAGCUGCAUCAAACUCUACUGAAGAAACAAUAGUUUAAAACGACAGAAAUGUGCUCACAAUCUUAGUUUCAAAUUAUUGCUCUUUUGUUGAGGUAGAAUAAAAGCCACAUGGUGUGCUAGUUAGGAUUUUAGACUAGAACCAGGGAGGCUUGCGUUCAAAUCAUGACGCUCACUGUGUGGCAAAAACAGUUUAAUUACCACUCUUGAAGCUGUUAGAGGUCAUAGCCUUAAUGUGUAUUUAUUGUCUCUUGCAGAAUAUUCAGUCAACAAACUGGCAGACAAUGAGAUUCAAACCACCGCCUCCAAAUUCAGAUAUUGGAUGGAGGGUUGAGUUCAGACCAAUGGAGGUAAGUAAGAAGCAUGUUUCAUAGAUAGUACUGUUAAACCACAAAGCCUAGGGCUUGCCGAUCAGAAGGUCGGUGGUUCGAAUGCCCGCGACGGGGUGAGUUCCUGUUGCUCAGUCCCUGCUCCUGCCAACCUAGCGGUUCGAAAGCACGAAGUACAGGUAGAUAAACCUUCCGAUGGGAAGGUAAACAGCGUUUCCAUGCACUGCUCUGGUUCGCCAGAAGCAGCUUAGUAAUGCUGGCCACAUGAUCCAGAAAAACUUUCUGCGGACAAACACUGGCUCCCUCGGCCAGUAAAGUGAGAUGAGCGCCGCAACCCCAGAGUCGUCCACGACUGGACCUAACAGUCACAGGUCCCUGCAAAUGAAAACUUUACAGUCCAAAGCAUAGAGUUGAAGGGGUUGUAGCUGUCUAUUCACAUCUGUCAUGUAUGUCUUUUUAAAGAAACAUCAACGGUUUUGAUAAGGUGUGCAGUUCAGCUUCACUCAGAUCAGUGGUGAUUCUUGCCACUUGAUUUCACUGCCUGGUGUGUUGCACCCAGUCUCUGUCCAAACACGAGUAAUAGGUAUGGACAUCUUAAAAUCAUGAAGGGCAACUGCUUUUAUAUCAUGGCUUAAUUCCCCCCCCCCCCCCCAGAAUAUAAUCCACAAAUGUUAGCUUCUGGGUAUAGAAAAUAAAAGUGAGUGCGUGUGUCACUACUUUGCUAACGCUACAGUAAUGGAGACUGUUAGCGGUCCUGGGAAGAAAUUGUGUGGUGAGGGGAAGCUCUGAUCUAUACAUCACUUUCCAGCUUCUAACUGGAAUUUCCUUCACUCUGGGGCAGAGGCCCCAUGUUUGCUUGAAUGCAAGAUUCCCCCCUACCCUGCAAGGUAGAAUCCACUUAAUCUAAUGGGUUGAAUCCUUGCAGGCUCAGGGAUAUUCUGUGCCCGAGAAAGUAUGGGGUGUCUACUGUUUUUGCUCCAUUGUGGAAGAGGGCACAAGCCCAAAGGCCAUUCCCAGUCUCCUCACUGUUGUGUGAGUUUCAGAGCAACAGAGCAAAAAAGAUUUCAGACUGUGAACUUGCUGCUCAACCAUGUUACUGGUUCUUCUGGCACACUUGUCCAUCUUAUAUUCGGUGAUUUCUCAAUCCCUAGGUCCAGUUAACAGACUUUGAAAAUUCUGCCUACGUUGUGUUUGUAGUGUUGCUGACUCGAGUCAUUCUCUCCUACAAACUGGAUUUUCUCAUUCCUUUGUCCAAGGUAAGAGGAGCAUUUUCUUCCUCGGUCUAAUGUAUUCAAACCGUGAAAACAUUUCCUAUUCUCACCUAAGAUUAAAAUACACAUGCUCCCCUUUGUAUGUAUUACAACUUUCUGUAAUUUUUUUUUUAAUUGCUUUUGUUAGUUUUUUAAAAAUUCUGUUCAUGGUUUGGAAUCCAAGGUUACGUGAACGGAAGGCAGCUCACACAACUGAAUUUUCUCCAUUCUCAAAAGGCUUCUCUGGAGUGUGCCUUGCAAAUGGUGCCUUGCAAAUGGCAUAGGCUGUGUUUGAAGAGGGAUCCCUUGAGAAUAGGGAAUUGCCUAAAUGUGUGUGGAGCCACUCUGUUGCACAGUGGUCCUCUCUCCAGUUCUGCGACUAUAGUUGCAGAAGUAGGGUUCCACUCCAAAGUAUAGUUCUGUUAGCUUUCCUAAUAUUCUGAUUUUGUGGUUUUCGGAGACCCUUGCCCAAGUCAACUUCUUUGCUAAAAAGAACCCCAUGUCUUGCAGAAAAUUCUAGGCUGUUUUGUAGGAUGUGCACUUGGCCUGGAAAGAUGCCUAAUACUUCCCGGAAUCUGUAGUUUCCUGUAAUAGUUUUGCAAACCUCGCUUGACAGGGUGAGCACUGGGAACGCAGGAAGCCACGUUACGACCAGGUGGAACGUUUCUCUAGUCCAGUAUUGUCUGCACUCACUGGCAAGAUCCCAAGCAGAAGUCUUUAGCCUUUUAACAGGAGAUGCUGCGAACUGAACCUGGUGCUAACAAAGCACGCCAACCCAUUUUGCAUUGAACUUCCCGCAAGAAAUCAGACUUUCAAACUGAGCACUCUGGUUCCGUGUGAAUGUGAAUGUUAAGCUGUGAAAGGGGGAAAUGUCUCUGUGUGUGUGAUGUCUAGUUGCUUUCUAUAUAUUUAAACUAGUAAGUAAGUGAACAGCUCAAAGUCGUCUCAAAUUGCUAAAUUCCUCCCUAUGGUUGUGUACAUGAAUAAACAAAUGUGUGCCCAGAAUAGCUUGUGAGGUGGCAACCAUUUUUCAUCGUAGUUGCUGUCGGAGGAACUGCAGUUGUGACCAAGUAGAUGGCUUGCUGAUUCACCCUGAAGUUUUCCCCAAGUGCCACUUGUGUAAAUGAUCGCGUUUAGGAAGCCAACCCUAUGAAAUGCAGUUUCCAAGACUCUCAGACCUAGACUGAACAUUUCCCUUGCUACCACCAUCUAGUAUAUAACCUUUCUCCCCCAUGUCUCCAUUCGCUAGGUGGAUGAGAACAUGAAAGUAGCUCAGAAACGGGAUGCUGUUCGGCAAGGCAUGUUUUAUUUCAGAAAAGACAUUUCUAAAGGUAGGCUCCUGUCUGUCUGUCUGUCUGUCUGUUUGCUGGUCGGCUUUAUUAGACACUUGAAGUAUAUACGAUGACCAGUGAUUAAGUUAAUUCAAUGAGAAAUUUAGUUUUAGAAAACUGUUACAAUGAUAUACACUGAAAUUCAGCCAGGGGGAUUUGAGGAAGUCACUUAACAAUGUUACUAAGAUUGGAUUAAGUACAAUUAAGAGGUUUGUUUGUUUGUUUGUUUGUUUGUUUGUUUAAAAAUUUUGGAAAAUCAAUUAAAAGGGGGGGGGUGAAUGAAGUAUGUAUGAUGAGCAUGAAUCUAACGGUUUUCUCUAGCUGUUCUGUGUUCUCUUUCCUCCCCCCGCCCCCCCAAAAAUGUGUCUUCGUCUGAAAAGGUGGCAAUGCUGUAGUGGACGGAUGUGGGCCAGCUCAAAAUGGUACAGAGACAGAUUCUGAAGAGUAUACCUUAAUGAGCAUAGAUACAAUAAUCAAUGGAAAGGUGAGGACGGCUUCUACAUUUUAAACAAGGCGGAAGCUUCAUAUUAAGAUCCAUAAACAGACUGCAGGGAAGUGAAGACGCUUUCUCUUGUCUCUCCUGGUGUAUACCUUUGAUGCUCUGCUCCUUGCUCCAGCGACUUCCAACCAGCCCAGUACCCACCCACUACCCUCAGGGAGUUUUCAGUCUUGGUGUAUGAAUAGGGAUGGGAUGGAGGGCCUUAACUUCCUUAACUUUCUCUGGAUUGGGCAGGGGUAGGAUUCAGUAACGUUGUGGGCCUAAAGCAUUCAGGCAGGAGUCUCGGAUUUGGGACUCCUGAGGACAGAAGAUGAUGGAUGCUGAUUCACAAGACACAUGUAGAGCCCUGUUGGACUGGGCAAAGCCCCGUCUACACAGACCAACCAAAUACCUUCAGUAUAUGGCAGUGUAGUUUUGUUAAUUCGUUUUGAAAUUUAUAUCCCACCUUUCCGCCGAUAAUCUCAUGGUGGCGUACAUGGGAACUCCCCAUUUUAUCAUUAGAAAUAACCCUGAGAGGCAGGUUAGGUUGAGACAGUGACUGGCCCAAGGUCACCCAGAUCUUAAUUGGCUGAGUUGCCUGUCUUUCAUUUUGACUUAGCCUAUAAGACAAGGGUGGGGAACCUGUUGCCCUCUAAGAUGUUGUUGGACUACAACUCCCAUUAUUCCAUUGGCCAUGUCUGCUGGGACAGAAGGGAGCUGGAAGGCCACGACAGGUCAAGUUUAUGGGGUCUCAAACUAAAUUUUCUUAGACUGUUAAGACAGGUUGAGAAUCCCUUGGAAGAGGAAACCUUGGGUUUGAAGUAUUCGACUAAAAGGAAAAACCUUUUAUUUCAAUUAUGAUCUGCCUCUUGCAGGAAGGAGUAUUUCCUGGAUUAAUUCCAAUUUUGAACUCUUACCUUGAAAAUAUGGAAGUGGAUGUAGAUACAAGGUGCAGCAUUCUAAACUACCUGAAACUCAUUAAAAAGAGAGCAUCAGGUAAGGAAACGCUCUUGGCAUCACCAGUGAUACAGGUUUUUGGAAGUAUUUGAAUCGGAAAGCUUUUAAUGUCCUAAGUAGAAUAGUACAUGAUGCAGCCUGCUCUGGUUUUAAUUUAAUUUUACUUUAUUUGACCUUCUCUUUUGCCAACUCCUUUUAUCACAUUCAUGUCUAUUUAUUUGCAGCAGCCUAAAAGUUAACUACAACUCUGACUGCAAAUCACCUUUCCAUUUUAUCCAUUUGUUUUUGCUAAAUAGUUUCUCCCCCCCCCCAUAGAAGUAAAACCUUCAGAAAUUUAAAAACUCUGUAGAAAAACAGGAAUGCAAAAAAAUGUUUUUGUGGAUGAUGAUAGGGAAUGAUGAUAGAGAAACUUGAUAGAACUUGUUUUAUUUACAAUGUGGUUUGAGAUGUACAGUCGUACCUCGGAAGUCAAACGCCUUGCGAGUUGAACGUUUUGGCUCACGAGCGCCACAAACCCGGAAGUGAGUGUUCUGGUUUGUGAGUGUUCUUUGGAACCCAAACAUCCGACACAGGUUCCGCAGCUUCCUGCAGCCAAUUGGAAGCUGCACCUUGGUUCCGGAACGGAUUCUGUUCGACUUCCAAGGUGUGACUGUAUCUGAAAUUGGUGUUUUACUAUUGAAACCCAAUGAGUGCUUUACCUGUAUUCCUUGCGUUGGAUAUGCAGAUGGUUUGAGACAGCACCUUGGAGCUUGUAUUCAGUUAUAAAAGGGCCUUGCAAAGUAAGUUACCUCCUAAAACAGAAAGCAAAGGGAUGGGUAUAUAUUCUCACAGUAGAUAAGAAAAUGUGAAUUUGUGUGAUGUUUUCUUCUCCCCCAGGAGAAUUAAUGACAGCUGCUCGAUGGAUGCGAGAGUUCGUCGCGAACCACCCAGCAUACAAACACGACAGUGUGAUUACUGAAGAGAUUAAUUACAGCCUGAUUUGGAAAUGCUACCAAAUCGCCGAAGAGCAAGUUGAAUGCCCUGAACUGCUUGGUAACAAAGUAAAAUACAGCGGAACUAAAACCAGCACUUUUUGAUGAAAGGUUUUAAUCCAUUGGGGGGGGCGGGCAUUCUCUGCUAAAGCACUAGCUAUAUUUACUGGUGUGAAUACCUGCAGUUUCAUAGUGUAAAGACCAAAAAUGGUUCUACUGCACUAUUAAGAUGGGCCAAUCUGCCUAAUAUUCUCUUAAAACUUCCUACGAUAGGUGUAUUCUUAUAUUUAAGGUUUAUACUGUGUACAUGUAAAUAGUAAAAUAUUUUUUUGAUUUAACAUCAAUGUAUUUUAAUAACAUUAUACUGAAAGUCAUUGUGAACCAGCUUGUAACUUUUUAUAUGCUUAUUCUGGAAGAAAAAAGAAAAAGUCCAUGUUCUCAAACAGCUUUGCAAAGGUACUGUAUGGGUACUUGUAUAUUAUCAGCAUUCCAACCUUGAAUGUUUACUCUGACUUUUGUUACCUGGGAUGCACUGAAUCUACUGUACUUUAAAGAAAAGAAAAGAAAUCAGAACCCGAUUCACAUAGAUAUAUCUUCCCGUUCUGCCAAGAGAAGAGAUAAUAGCAGUGCCGAUCCUUAUGCCAUGGAAGGCGGAAUCAGUAGAUAUUAAUUCUACUAUUGUAAAUGAAAUACGGCAAAUCUGAAAUUCUCCCUCGUUUAUUCAGUUUGGGUAUAAAUCGGUAUGUUCCUAUACUAAGAGUGUUCUUGCCCUUUUUGCAAAACUCUUGACACCUUCAGUUAAAUGGGAACGUGUCACUGAUGUGUUGCUUCCUAAUAGACAGAGAAUCUUUUAAGCUCCUUCGAAAUCACUUGUUGCAGAGGAGUAAUUAGUAAUUGGCACACGCCUCCUCUGUGGUUGAAGGCAACAUGACCCUAGUAAGGAUAACAGAAGUUACCAUAACUCCAGUAUGUUCUUACUUCGCUAUUUUCCGGCUCAGUUCAUGCAGUGGUGGCUUGUAACCUGAUGGUCAGACUCAAUCAGCAGACUGGGCAAAGAAGCAAUUUUUGGUGAUUUCUUCCCCGCCCCCUUGCUCCAGAAGGUCCCUUCAACAGAUUGUGGGGGAUGGAGCGGUACAGGGCAAGGGGGGAGGGAAUCAACAGUUGUGCACCUCCAUUUUGCUGCUGCAGUCUUUCCACCUCAUGUAUUUUCCCAGGGCAUAAGAUCUGGAGCCAUGAUGGAGCAUCAGGCAAGUACCUUACCCCAUUCUUCAGCUCCACUAUACUUGCAAGCAGCUCACUGCAUACCUGGAGAGACCCCAAUCGCACAUUUAUUCGCUCUUUUAAAAGCUUGAAAGGAAAACAAGAGCUUCAGUUCUGUCUUAAAGUCUAGACUUGGAUGCGGCAAAAAAAAUAAGAGGAUAUUAAAUUGCAGCAAGCAGAUUUCAAGAUAAGGUUUUCUCUCUCUUUGUGACGCAGUUAAACGUGCCCAACAUUUCUUAUAACCUGCAUCCUCUUUAGUAUAUAACUAAUGAUUUCAAGAAGAAUCAUGAAAUGCACUAAUAUAUCUGUGAGUCAGGAACCUCUGAAACAUAAAGGAAUUGUAUAGAAUUUAAGACAAUGGCUGUGAUUUGUACAUAAUAAUAACCUGAGAUUUAGAGGGAAAGAAGAGGCUUUAAUAUUAGCUGCUUAAAGUAAGACUACAGUAAGUCACUUUUACUGUAUGAUAGGUUAUGAAAUACUUAAUAACAAGCGUAUAUAAAUAUCCUAAGGUGUAGUGACUUACAAAGAGUCCGUGGGGAAAAACUGCAGUAAAACUGCAUUGAUAACCAUAUGCCUGCUGAGAGAUUAGAACUCAUUUGGUGUUCAUAAGUGUGCAUUAGGAAGUGCUUAUAUCAGGUUGCAGCUGAGGGGGCAAAGGCUCACUCAUCUGUGGAAUGAACAGAAGUUUGCAAUAUAUGGUGGAUGUCUGAGUGUAAAUCUAAUUCAUAGACAUAUUUUCCACAGAAGUUGAAAACAAAUAAAGUUUUUUUAAAAGAACCUAAA